ACUGAACUUUUUUUUUCCACAACUUCCAACUGCAGUCGGGGGCUGGGGCACUGGUGGUUUGAGGAAAGCAGUGCACGCAUCCAUUUGAACGGCAGACCCAAGAGAGCCUGGUGCUGCCUCUGACUGGGGACAACAGCAAUCUUAGCUCAUCGCUUGGGAACUAAAGACACCACCUCCAGUCCCGGAUUCGGCAUUCCUUCACCGAGGGUGGGAAAAUAAAAGCCGGGUUAAAUUCUAAUUGACAUAAGAACUGUGGACCCUGAAAACAGAUGCUGUACACUGCGAACUAUACAGCUGUGUUGUGGGCAAGUGGAACCCAGACCUUCAACCCAGAUGACAGCUGAUAUAAAAUGGAACGUAGGCCAACGUUAACAUUCAGGAACAACAACAAAGCUGAUACUUUUGAACAAGUGCUAGAGAUCACUUUUCUAAGGCAGGGUCACUGGAUCAGAAGCGUUAUGUCUGAUUUCUCCCCAUAGAUGCUGCCAGACCUGCUGAACUUUUCCAGCAAAUGCAGUUUUUACUGCUGUGAUGGUUCUGCUGAAAUCUCCAACUGAAGACAUCCUGAGAGCUACCAUUGACCAGAAACCUAAAGGACCAGCUCAGAGUGUAGAAAUUCUGUCUGGAAUAACUUAUCUCCUGUCUUCACCAUUGCCUGUUCACCACAAGAACUGGUAAGGUUUCAUUCAAGCCUUGGCAAUUGUAAUUGUAUCAUCUAAAAUCCAUUUUGUGAUGUUCUGUGGAUCAUUUGACAAGCAGCCCCAAUUAAAAACAAUGCCAAGAUGAACAUAUGUGAAAAGAUGCUGCUGAGUAACAGAUAUUUGUAGACAGCAUAAUCCUUCAAAUUGAGUUCCCUGGUGGUUCUCUCAAGGAGAUUCUUACUUCCAAAGGAGAUGGUUGCACAUUUAAUAGAAGCUGUUGGGAGAAACCAGUGUGGAGCAUGACCAGUUUAAAACGAUCCCAGACUGAGAAGGUGGGUAUUGGUUCCACUUCAGUUCUUGGGCCUGAACUAACUAUUGGUGCACGCUCAGAUGACUUCUACGCACGACGUUUCCGAACGUCAAAUGGCACAUUUGGUUCAUCUGGUGUAACGGGGCCACCACCACGAAGUGAAAGUGCUCAUCAUGUUGGUGCAAUGCCAGGUGUGCCUAAAAUGGGUGUUCGAGCGAGGAUUGCUGACUGGCCUCCCAGAAAAGACAUGGCUAAAGAGUCUAGUAGAACAAGUGACCAAGAGUCUGCAGGAAGCCCAGAUGGCACUAUCAUGUCUAUCCACUCUGGUAGCCCAAACAGCCGGCUGAGCCAAAGUAAUCAAAAUUCUCUGGAAUCCUUGGCAUCAAGGAGGGUACACAGUGACUAUCUACAACCCAAAGCACAAGAGAUGGAGAAUUUGGAUUCUAGGUUUCUUACACCAGAUGGUUACCUUCAAUCUCCUGCAAAGGGCCUUCGCAGAAUAAGGCAGCGCAGUAAUAGUGACAUUACCAUUAGCGAGCUGGAUGUCGAUGGAGCCGAGGAAUAUGGAGCAUUGAGUCACAAAAUGGGAACUGCCCUUCACCGUGAAUAUGGCAGCACUUCCUCCAUUGACAAACAUGGAAUGUCAGGGGACAGUUUUUUUGAUUUGUUAAAGGGUUAUAGAAAUGAACAGUCAGAUCAGCGAAGCCCAGCACCAGAGCAACUCAGUGAGUUACUGAAGGCAGAGGCCAAUAAAGCCUAUGGUUCAAAUGUUGAAAGCACCAAAUCUGACUUUGUGGAUGGUUUCUUUUCACACAGAGGGAGUCCCAGGCCACUGCAUAAAGAAAGGGAGAAACCACUUAAGAGACGGUCAAAGUCUGAGACGGGGGAUUCUUCUAUUUUUCGCAAAUUGCGCAAUGCCAAAGGUGAAAGUGAACUAGGCAAAUCAGCAGACUUUGAGGACAGCAAAUCAGAAGACAGUGUGAAGGGCUGGACUUGCCAAAAGUGCUUUGCUCAUUAUGAUGUGCAGAGUGUUCUCUUUGACUUGAAUGAAGCCGUGACGACCAGGCACAAUGUCAUUAAAAGGAGGAACACCACAACAGGUGCAUCUGCGGCGGCUGCUGCCUCACUGGCUACUGGUCCAAUGGCGCAUUCAGUCAGCUUCAGCUCUCCCUCAGGUAGUACAGAGGACCUGAAUUCAAAAGAGAAUCUCAAUGUAGACUAUGGGGAUGAGAAAAGCAAUGAACUUGUACUGAGCUGCUCAUACUUCAGGAAUGAGAUUGGUGGAGAAGGAGAACGCAAGAUAAGUCUAUCCCGGUCAAAUUCUGGGUCACUGAGUGGAUUUGAAAAUACAUCUGAAUUUUCCCUGAGCUCUCACUGCACAAAUGCAGGAGUUGCUGUUCUGGAGAUAUCAAAAGAAAACUUGGCAGUACAUUGUGAAAAGGUGAAGAGGUACAUUGUGGAGCAUGUGGACCUUGGAGCUUACUAUUACCGAAAAUACUUCCAUCAAAAAGAACAUUCAAACUAUUUUGGGGUGGAUGAAAAUCUGGGCCCUGUGGCAGUGAGCAUUCGACGAGAAAGACUGGAAGACAGUAAGGAGCACGGAGCUCAGUACAACUAUCGUAUCAUCCUUCGAACUAGUGAGCUUACAACCUUAAGAGGUUCUGUAUCGGAAGAUGCAGUUCCUUCGACUGCAAAGCAUGGCACCGCCAGGGGUUUACCUCUGAAAGAAGUACUUGAAUUUGCUGUACCUGAGCUCAGUGUUCAUUGUCUCAGACUGGGCCUGAACACCCCGAAAGUUACAGAGCAGCUUAUGAAAUUGGAUGAACAAGGGCUUAGUUUUCAGCACAAGGUAGGGGUAAUGUAUUGUAAAGCUGGACAGAGCACGGAGGAAGAGAUGUACAACAAUGAAGUGGCGGGCUCUGCAUUUGAAGAGUUUCUGCAGUUGCUGGGAGACAAAGUGCGUCUGAAGGGUUUUGACAAAUAUCGAGCCCAACUCGACACCAAAACUGACUCAACUGGUACUCAUUCCCUCUACACGACUUACAAAGAUUAUGAGAUCAUGUUUCAUGUUUCCACCUUGCUUCCUUACACACCAAAUAACAAGCAACAGCUUCUUAGGAAACGACACAUUGGGAAUGAUAUAGUGACUAUUGUAUUGCAAGAACCUGGAGCCCUGCCAUUCACUCCAAAGAACAUUCGCUCCCAUUUUCAACACGUGUUUGUCAUAGUGAGAGUGCACAACCCAUGUACUGAAAAUGUCUGUUACAGUGUUGCUGUGGCUAGAUCAAAAGAUGUGCCUGCAUUUGGCCCACCAAUUCCAAAAGAUGUCACUUUCCCUAAGUCAUCCGUCUUCCGGGACUUUUUACUUGCUAAGGUGAUCAAUGCAGAGAAUGCCGCUCACAAGUCAGAAAAAUUCCGUGCCAUGGCAACACGGACGCGACAGGAGUACUUGAAAGAUCUAGCAGAGAAUAGUGUCACUAACACACCAAUUGAUCCUUCUGGAAAAUUUCCUUUUAUUUCACUGGCGACAAAAAAGAAAGAGAAAUCAAAACCUUAUGCCAAUGCAGAGAUGUAUAGUCUGGGAACAAUUGUGUGGAGUGUGCGUGCAGAAGACUACAGCUGUGCUGCUGAAAUUGACUGUUUACUGGGUAUCUCCAAUGAAUUUGUGGUCCUCAUUGAAGAGAGUUCUAAGCAGGUAGUAUUCAAUUGCUCCUGCAGAGAUGUUAUAGGAUGGACUUCAAAUCUAACAACCAUUAAAAUCUUCUAUGAACGGGGUGAAUGCAUUUUUGUCAGGACUUUUAAUAAUAUUGAAGAAAUUAAGGAAAUAGUCAAAAGACUGGAGGUAACCACAAAGGGGUGCGAGACUGUUGAGAUGACUUUAAGGAGAAAUGGCCUAGGCCAGCUUGGUUUCCAUGUUAACUAUGAAGGCAUUGUAGCAGAUGUUGAACCCUAUGGCUACGCGUGGCAAGCAGGACUCCGACAAGGCAGUCGGCUGGUGGAAAUCUGUAAAGUUGCUGUGGCAACUCUAACCCAUGAACAAAUGAUUGAUCUGCUGCGAACAUCUGUAACUGUUAAAGUGAUCAUCAUUCCACCCCAUGAAGAUAGCACUCCUCGCAGGAGUUGUUCAGAGAUGCACCGUAUGCCUGUAAUGGAAUAUAAGGUGAACAAUGAAGGAAUUCCGUACGAAUUCAAAUUACCAUUUAAAAAUAGCAAUAAAUGGCAGCGGGGAAUUCCAUCUUCCCACAGUACGAUUCAACCCCAGUCCCAGGCACAAAGCCAAUCUGUGAACAAGAUGGUAUCCACAUCUAGUAAUAGGGCUCAGCCACAAGAACGGAGUUGUGCUAUACCACGCAGUGCUUCCAGUGACGGACGACCAUUGGACACAAAGCGGUCAUUAUCUGCGGUGGAUAGUUCUUACGUCUCAGUGUCAUCUGUCGGCAGAAAUCAGCACAAUCGCAAUUCACCCAGUAAUCUGUCUUCCUCCAGUGAUGUGGGAUCUGGUGGUGGCACGCAUCGAAGGCAGAAGUCCAUCCCUGAUGGAUUUGGUAUUAAUCGCCGGUCACCUGGAUCAGUUGAUCGUCUGAGCUUUAAUGAUGGUGGCGGGAGUGGUAAAUCCACACCUAUCUGGCAAAGAAGUGAGGACAGCAGCAUGGAGAAAAUUACAGCUGAACCAACCUGGCACAUCCCAUCUAUGUCAAAGGUAACAUCUGCCCUUCGAGAGAGCCCCAAUGGGAGGCUGAUGAGACAGGAUGUUGUAGUGGGCCACAUUUCUCCCAACAAGCAUGGGCAGACUGAUACACAGUAUUCAAGUCACUCAAGCAGCAACACACUUUCCAGCAAUGCUUCAAGUGCCCACAGUGAUGAGAAGUGGUACGAGACAGGGGACCGAACGGAGUCUGACCUAAAUGGAUAUAACUACGUUCAGGGCACAUCUGCAGAUAGUGGCAUCGACACAAGCUCUUAUGGGCCAUGUCAAAGUACGGUGUUGUCUUCGGGCACUCCAGCUUGUCCAACAAGUUCUUUGAGAUCUGGACCACUAAAGGAGAAGGCACCUUCUCCUUGGCCUGGCUGCAGUGAAGGUAGCAUGCAUGGCAGCCGAUUAGGUGAUCGAGCAGCCCAUAGUUACGAGAGGAGGGGAGCACUAUCACCAGCACCGAGCACAGAAAGCAAAUCCUAUGGAGGAUUAGUACACAGUACAUCAAACCUACCAGUCCGCGAAAGCAGUGCAUAUAGUCUCAGUGAUACUUCUUCCCAAUCCAGUACUCUGAGUUCAAGACAUUCCAUAAGUCCAGUAGUCUUCACACGUAGUAAGAGCUCACCUCAUGAUGAGAUUCGACCCACUCCUUCACCACAGCCUUCUCUCCAUUCAUCCUCAGCAUCUGGACCCAGGACGUUUUACCCACGCCAAGGAGCUACCAGCAAAUACCUAAUAGGCUGGAAAAAGCCCGAAGGAACUACUAUUAACUCUGUUGGAUUUGUGGAUACAAGAAAGCGCCACCACAGCGAUGUUUGCGAAAUUACACAGACAAAGCUGCGAGGUUCAGUUCGAGACUUGAGGUCUCCUAAGAGGUCAUCAAAGUCAACAAUUGAAGAAGACCUGAAGAGGCUAAUUAACCUUGAUAGUCCUCCCCCGGACAUUGGCAAAGAUGGGAAGCUGUCUCUCCCAGACACGCCAACAACAAGGAAGCCAUUGCACCGCACCUUCUCUGAUGAGAGCAUCUACAGUGGCCAGAGAGAGCCUUCAUUCUCGAAUGCACAUGCAUCACUCCUAGACCAAGCGUUGCCCAAUGAUGUCCUGUUCUCCAGCACUCAUCCCUCCUUGCACUACACACUGCCAGGCCGUAAGCAUGGACAGUCGAUAAAAUCUCAUCAUGCAGUUGAACUUUCUGCAUCUGAUGGUUCCCUCUCUGAUAUUCAUGAAAGAAGGCGGCAGCCACUGCCAGAUCCAGGCCUUAUGCCACUGCCAGACACAGCCAUGGGCUUGGAAUGGUCUAACCUUGUGGAUGCAGCAAAGGCAUUUGAAGUUCAGAGAGCUUCUUUAUUUGGUGUUGAUUCAGACCACAGACCUGACAGCUUAUUGCUUGAUAGUAACAACCAGGCAGACAGACAUCCAUCACCUCAGGCUGUACCCAGAAGAGAGGAGUCUCCUACCACCCUGUCUGGCAAGGUGACUGAACUGGAACUAUUGCUGAAGGAACUUCGGGAUGAUUUGAGGAGGGCAAAAGAAGAUCGAGCUGCACUGCAAGAAGAGGUGCAACACCUGCGGGAAGACAACUUGCGUUUGCAGGAAGAGUCCCAAGCUGCAUCUGCACAGCUGAAGAAAUUCACUGAAUGGGUUUUCAAUACAAUUGACAUGAAGUGACUCUUUGUAGGAAUGGAAAAAAAAACUUAAAACUCUUCUAAAGGAAAGAGUUUUGAUGUGAUCUCCCAAUUGUGAGGAGUUCCACUUUAGAAAAACCCAAGCACUUUCAUCACAAGCUGAAUGAAUGAUUGUUCUCAGUGCAUACCACAUACAUUUUUGCUUGCCUUACAUUUUCAUCUGGAAUUGUUAAAAUGUGAAAGUCAGGUUUUUGCACAGUAUAAAUAUAUUUUUGUUUGUAAAGUUCAUUUUACCAUAUUGAACCACUUCUGUGGCAUUAGUUUUCCAGACCUUGGUUACCGUGACACAUGUGGGAUGCUUUCCCAUUUAUUCAUUUAAUAUUAAAAUAACGUGUUUAAAAGGGAGAGGUCAGUUAGCUUCAUGCCAGAAACUUUCAAGAGUCUUAAGCAAAAGAGGGUUUUAAAUUCCCGAAGUUUUGAUUUGUGCAUUAAUAAUCAAAGGUGGUGUUUCUUAAAUCAUUCACCAUGAUUGGGAAUCCUUUUGGGUUUUUGCUUUAUGUUUGAAAAAUAAUAAAUUCAUACCAUUUUUAAAUUAAGUAAUAUUCAGUGUGAGUGUCUUUUAUCUGGAAUUAAUUUAACAAAAAAAGGAAAAAUCACCAUUCAAGUACAGUUUGAAGAAUGCUUCACACAAACACUUUUUAAAUGCAUGUGGUGUGCCCUUUUACAUAUCCCUCUUGUACAGGUUCAGACUAAAGCACAAAUGGUGACCAAAAAGAGUAAAAUUGAGGACCUUCUGAUACCUAGAUGAAAGGGCUCAAAGUAAGUCCUUAGAAUGUUACUAUGAAACUCAUUUGAUUUUAUAUUUAACCUGAUUUAAGUUUCUAAAUUGUGGAGAAAUUCAUUGUAAUAGAUGGUAAUUUCUGCAAAAGAAAGUUUGUGGGUUUUAUAUUACAAUGACAGUGUGAUCUGAAGUGUCACUCCAAUAGAGACAUUUUUUGGUUAUGGUUGUCAUGAGGGGAAAUUUAACAUUGCCCACUGACCAUAGCAGUUGCAUUGAGUAUGGGGUUCAUCUGCAUUUUUUUCUAUUUCCAAACUGUAUCCCCCUCUCUCACCCACAUACAUCCCUUUUAAAAAAAAAUGAACAUUUUCUGAUUCCAAGAUUAUAGAAAAUAACUGAUACUUUUGUAAAUAAAUUGGAACUGAACUUUUCGGAAUAUUUUGUAAGGUUCUGGUAAGUUUUGAAGUUCUGGAAUUUUUUAGUGACCUUGUAUGAAGGAAAUGUAUUAUACCUUGUAGUGUACUGUUAAUACAAAUGGGAAUUAUGGCAGGCAUUGAGGUUUCAAAGGUAUUUGCUUGUUCAGUUUCCCCUUCCCUUGGUUAAAACAUUGGAACUAAAGCCCGCCUAUUUAUUGUACUUAGGAUUUCUGAUUUAUCAUGUCCUGUAUUUAAUCAGAAAAGGUACAUUCUAAGCAUCUCACAAUAAAACUUGUUUCAAUGUUU